AUGGACAUUGUAGAGUCCGUUGAAGGUGAUUCCACGUCUAUAUCUCGCGUUGUAUAAAUAACGACGAGUUAAGCAUUACAUUAUCACCGCGCUACAUAUUUUAUACGAGUGGCUCGCACAGCCAGCAACGAAGUCACGGAGCCGUUCAUUGAUUUUCUACUUCCUGCAUUUGCGGUUCUUUCGAUUUCGUGCUUCUUACACCCCACGCGAUUUCCAAUCUCCGUGUCCCUUCCAAAAAAAAAAAAGUGGCAUCGUCUAUCGAACGAACGUCCCUAGAUAGGUAGAUAGAUUUGUCCACAUGAAGAAGCGUGGCUGGAUUAUUAAAUCCACUAGAACGAAUUUAUAAACCUGAAUGAUAGAGUCGGGAUGACCUUCGAUCGAAAACGGAUUGUCGGAUUUUCUAGAUUCGGGUAAGAUUCGGCGAAAUACAGACAGCGAGAAGGAAAGAGAGGAGAGGAUCGAUGCGAGAAAUGGAGGUGUCGUACGAUGGUACGGCCCUGAUAUCGCUUUAAAAGCCCUCCCCACCACUCGGCCACCCCCACCGUGGUGUUGUACUUCGGCUCUCGCCCCUCAGCAACGGCUUGACUGCCCAGCCAGCCAGCCAGUCGAAAUCAGCUGA